AUGGCAGCUAGAAGGAAGUUUGCGGAACAGGACUGGGAUAACGCCGCCGCCCAAGAGGCCCCGGCUUGGGGCGGGAAGCAAGAGCGGAGGCUCCUUGUGGUGCUGGAAGGGGCCGGUCUGGAGGCAGUCAAGAGGGGCCGGGCCGGGGAGUCGGACCGGACAUGCCCACCGGACUUCCUGAUGCUGGUGGACAGCCCCGACGGAGCGGGCUUGCUAGGGUUGAUGUGCACACGCGGAAGAGUGCUGAUUGAGGAACCCCGGACUGGGGUUCCUAGCACCGUUGACCGCUUUUGUGGCCUCGUGGUUCAGCUUUUACGCAGACUCAGUGUCCGAGCAGCCGAUGGCCCUCAGAAGGUUUUGAAGGUAAUUAAGAAUCCAGUGUGUGACCACUUCCCAGUCGGCUGUAUGAAAAUCGGCUUUUCCAUCGCAGGCGUCAGUGAUGUGCGAGAGCUGGUGCCCAGGAGUGACCCAGUUGUUUUCGUGGUGGGGGCCUUUGCCCAUGGCAAGGCCAGUGUGGAGUACACAAAGAGAUGGUGUCCAUCAGCAGCUGUCCACGUUCUGCUGCCCUCACCUGGGCCAAACAGCACAGCCUUCGAAGAAGUGUGGGGGUCAUUUGAGAACAGCGGAGCCCCGUCCUCAGACAGGACUCGUGGCAUUGUGUCUGUUGACUCCUAA